AUGUCGCCCGAACAACUGGAUGAAUAUGAAGAAAGAGGGUUUAUCGCACUACACGACUUCUUCACGAGAGAUGAGCUGAAACCGGUCAUUGAGGAAGUAACACAACACACAUACGAAAUUCAAAACAACAUCACUUAUGGCGAUGACCCAACGAUCACUGAUAAGUGUCACUUUGUCACGGAACCGGGUACAAACAAAUUACGGAGUGUCUAUGGGGCGCAUAACACGCUUGCAUCCGUGGACAAUCUCUUACGCAGCAGAAAAAUUGUUUCCCAUGUUCAUCAGAUAUUAGGAGAUGAUGUGUAUCUUCACCAGUGCGCGAUCAAUUUUCACCAAGCAUUUACUGCUACUGGAUAUACAUGGCAUAGUGAUUUCGAAAUAUUUCACGCCGAAGAUGGCAUGCCAAGGAUGAGAGCGCAAACGUGUAUUAUAAUGUUAUCAACGAAUACAUGCGAGUCUGGGGCGAUUAUGGUUAUACCGAAAUCGCAUAGAGUAUUCUUAAGCGGCGCUGUUGAAACACCGGCUGACCACCUUACCACGGCCUCUAAGUUCAAAUUGACGGCUGGAGAAACCGAUAACAUGUUAGUUGCUAAUUUGGCAAAUGCAUAUGGUAUUGAGUAUUGUUUAGGCGAUGUUGGGUCUGUCGUUUUUUUCGAUGUAAAUUUGAUUCAUGGUAGUCAUAGCAAUCGUUCACCAUGGAAUCGUGUUAAUAUAUUACCGGUAUAUAACAGUGUGAAUAAUAAAUUGGUGAACGCGUUUAGUGCUCCAUGGGAUGCCAGACCCGAGUAUAUGGGGUCGCGUAGUCCCGAGUAUGUGAAACCAAUUCUGCUUGAUAAGUGA